GUUUCGCGCAUCGCCGCCGUCAUGAAGCAAAACAUGCUCAAGAGCAAGGUCGGCAAGGCCGGCAAGGCCGGCAAGAACGGGGGGUCAGCUGUAUCACCUCGCGUGCACCAAAAGAAGCGGCCUGAUGUGGAGAAGGAAGAAGAGGAAGAGGAGCUGGAAGAGGAGGUCCUCGUGACCGACCAGGCCACGGACGUUCAAGAUGACGAGCACAGCUCAUCUGAACAGGCCGAUGGGGCCAGCGAUGACGAUGCCGAUGAAAAUGCAACCUUUGCCGACCUGGGGUUGGCCGAGGUCCUCUGCGAGGCCUGUGCCACGCUCAAGUUUACAAAGCCCACCGAAAUUCAGCGUCGCAGCAUUCCUCUCGCCUUGCAAGGCAAGGAUGUGAUUGGUCUAGCCGAGACGGGUUCGGGCAAAACAGCCGCCUUUGCGCUGCCUGUAUUGCAUGACCUGCUGGCCACCAAGGGCAAGAAGGAAUUUUUUGCACUCGUUCUGGCACCCACUCGUGAACUGGCCUUUCAAAUCCGUCAAACGUUCAAUGCGUUGGGCUCACCGAUCGGCCUCAAGUCGGCAGUUCUUGUGGGUGGCAUUGACAUGACCACCCAAGCCAUUGCGCUUGCCAAGAAGCCACACGUGUUGAUUGCCACGCCCGGGCGCCUCGUCGAUCACUUGGAAAACACCAAGGGGUUUCAUCUCAAGGCUCUGCGAUACUUGAUUAUGGAUGAGGCCGAUCGCAUGCUGAACAUGGAUUACGAAAAGGAGCUGGACAAGAUCUUGGCCGUGAUUCCGCGCGAGCGUCGCACAUUCCUGUUUUCGGCUACCAUGACCAGCAAGGUCGGCAAGCUGCAGCGUGCAUCGCUUCGCGAUCCCGUCAAGGUUGAGGUCAACUCCAAGUACAAAACCGUCGACACGCUCAUCCAGCGCUACAUGUUUGUGCCUCAAAAGUUCAAGGACUGCUACCUCAUCUACCUGAUGAAUCAGCUGCGAGGCAACUCCUUUAUCAUCUUCUGCUCAACAUGCAACAACGUCAUGAAGGCUACUCUGGUGCUUCGUGACCUCGGCUUUGAUGCAGUGUGCCUGCAUGGUCAGAUGAGCCAGCCCAAGCGUUUGGGAGCCUUGGCCAAGUUCACCUCGCAGUCACACACAAUCUUGGUGGCCACGGACGUGGCCAGCCGUGGUUUGGACAUUCCCCACGUCGAUGUCGUGGUCAACUACGACAUUCCGACGCAUUCAAAGGACUACAUCCAUCGCGUGGGCCGCACUGCGCGUGCCGGUCGCUCCGGCCAUGCCAUUACCAUUGCCACGCAGUAUGAUGUGGAGCUUUUCCAACGCAUCGAGGCGCUGAUUGGAAAGAAGAUGGAAGAGUACCCGACCGAGUCGUCUCAAGUGCUUCAGCUUUUGGAGCGCGUGUCUGAUGCCCAGCGCAACGCCAUCAACGAAAUGAAGGAGCUCAACGACAACAAGCGGGGUGCUCGCGGCGGCGGCGGCGGCAGUGGUGGUGCCCGGGGCAAGAAGCCCAAGCGCUCCUCUGCGCACUAAAUACUUGCUAGCGCCCCUUUCUUGGCGCAACUUUUGUUUUGGGAGCCACGCACGACACAUUAUCGCAAGCCCAGCGUGCGCCGUCUCGCCAGGCGUAUCAUCACGUGCUGUCUGCUGAGCAGAACAAGCAUGGCCGGUUGAAUUGCGGAAUGGUGAUGGUGUUGGCAAUUGUUCCUUGUUGUUCAGAGUACCAAUCGAUUCACGUGUC